AUCACAAAACACCAUAUUCUUCACUUCUCUUUGGCUAAAGAAAAUUUUCCAAACCCUUCGAGUUAAUAUGGCGGACCUUGUUCUUGGUCCUAUUGUAGAUGCCACUGUGUCCAAGGUGAUUGCUCUUGCUUCAGAGCAGCUCAAUUUGGCCUUGGGAUGGAGGCAAGACCUGGAAAGGUUUUGCGACAUGAUGAAGAUAGUGGGAGGUGUGUUGCAGGACGCUGAUGAGAGGCAUGUUGCCGGCCACUCUCACCUGAAAGCUUGGCUUGAGAGGCUUCGAGAGGUUGCUGAUGAGGCUGAUGAUGUGUUCGAGGAGAUCCGUUACGAAAAUCUGCGGCGUCGGGUAGCAGAACUGAAGCCCAACUGGAAAAAGGUUAGCUACUUCUUUACUCUGUCUAAUCCUCUGGUGUUUCGCAUGAGGAUGGCUAAUAGAGUUAAGAAGUUAAAUGCAUAUCUUGAUGAUAUUGAUGACAAGGCCAACCGGUUGGGGCUGCAAAACAAACUUGUCAACACUAGUGCUCCUGAACCUAGAGUAAACCAGCAGACCCACUCUUUUCUAGACCAAGAAGUUUUUGGAAGAAAUGAAGAUGUUGACCAAAUAGUUAGCCUGUUAAUUGACUCUGGUAAUCAGGAGGUCCUCUCUGUCAUUUCUAUAGUGGGUAUGGCAGGCCUUGGCAAAACUACUUUAGCCAAAAAAGUGUGUGCAAAUGAUAAAAUACGUGAAUAUUUUGGAGAAAAUAUCAUGUGGGUUUGUGUGUCUGAAAUUUUUGAUGUCCAUAGAAUUUUAGGGGAAAUGUUGGAGUCUCUUACUGGUAGUCGCUGUAAAAAUGAAAACAGAGAUACUCUGCUUCGGAAAAUAGGAGAAGAGUUGGUGAAAAAGGAGGAAAAGAAAGGGGGGGAAGAGGAGGAAAAGAAUGAGGGGAAAAACUAUCUUCUCAUACUAGAUGAUGUGUGGAGUGAGAAGAGUGGGAACUGGGAUGAGUUAAGGAGUUGUUUGUUGGGAAUAUGUAGAAAGGCUGGAAAUAGAGUAGUCGUGACAACUCGAAAUAGAAAUGUUGCAUCAAUAAUGGGUUCCAAAUACAUACAUGAUCUUAAGCAACUACAAGUUGGUCACUGUUGGUCUAUAAUCAAACAGAGAGCAUUUGGAGAGGAUGCUAUGCCCCCAAAAUUGGAAGAAAUUGGAUUUGGUAUUGCUGAAAAAUGUGGAGGUGUUCCAUUAGUUGCAAAUGUUAUAGGUGGAACUUUGUACAAUAGAAGGGAUGAAAAUGACUGGUUGUCAGUUAAGGAGAAGAUUAAUGUAUGGGGUUCACUUGAAGAUCAACAUCACAGGAUCAGGGAUGUCUUGCAAUUGAGUUUUGAACGGUUGCCAAAACCAGCUUUGAAGCAAUGUUUUGCAUUUUGUUCUAUUUUCCCCAAGGAUUUUGUCAUUGUGAAGGAGAAGCUAAUUCAACUAUGGAUGGCUGAAGGCUUUCUCCAAUCUUCUAAAGAAAGUUCCAUGGAGGAAAUGGGUGACAAGUAUUUCAAUUGCUUCUUAUCAUAUUCCCUUUUUCAAGAGGAAGCAAGGGAUUCUUUCCACAAUGUUAAAUCUUGCAAAAUUCAUGAUCUAAUUCAUGAUUUUGCACAGUCCAUUUAUUCUGAUACCUUGAUUAUUGAGGAGUCGUCUUCCAACAAUAUGCCUCAUCAAGCUCGGCACUUGAAUCUCAAAUUUGGCAAAGAAAAGUUGCAAAUAAAGUUAGCAGAUGUUGCCGAAAAGUUACAGACUUUGUUUUCAAAGCAAGGUUUUCCCACUAGUUUGCAGGGAAACUUUAAAAGGUUACGGGCUCUCAGUGUUAGUGGUGCUGAUGAUGGUGAACCAUUACCAUCAUGUUUUGGAAACCUGAAAAGUUUGAGAUACUUGGACAUUUCAGGAACUCCAAUAAGACAAUUGCCCAAGUUCAUCACCAAGAUGUAUAAUUUGCAAACAUUUAGAUUCAACAACUGCAAAUCUCUGAAAAUGCCUCCAGAUGGAAUAGGCCAUUUAAUGAACUUGAGGCAUAUUUACUUUGAUGAUGAAGACCAUAUGCCUGCACACAUUGGUAGACUGACUAGCCUUCAAACAUUGCAAAAGUUCUUUGUGGGUGAGAAAAGGGGACAGAAGAUUGAAGAACUAGGAAAGUUAAGCCAACUCAGAGGAGGAUUAGAGAUCUAUAAUCUCGAGUGUGUCAAAGACAAAUCAGAAGCCCAGAGAGCUAGAUUAAAGGAGAAGGCAGUUUUAAUGUUGCAAUUAAUUUGGGAUGAAGAAGGCAAUCAUGAUAAAGAUGAAGAUAGCCAUAGUGAAUUGUUUUUGCUCAAGAAUUUGGUGGAAUUAGACUUUGAAAAGUGUCAAAAGUUAAAAAGCAUUCCCUUGUUGAAAGGAUUUUGCUCUCUUCAGCGGCUUCGUAUUAGAGAAUGCAGUGAAUUAAGCAGAAUAAAUGAUGGGGCAUUCGAAUUCACAUCCCUGGAAGAACUGUCCAUAGAUAAUUGUUGUAAGUUGGAAAGUGUUCUAGUAAAUGGAUUGACAUCGCUGGAGAGACUGACCUUAUGGUGCUGUCCAAAGUUGGAAAGUGUUCUAGUGAGUGGAUUGACAUCGCUUCAGGAACUACAAGUUAGCAAUUGUCAGUUGGUGAGCAGCAUAGGAGAUAGCCUAUCAACCUCCAAGUGCCUUCAAAGGUUAGAGUUACAGUGGUGUGAGAAUUUGGAAUUUUUUCCAAGUCUAGAGGGGCUUACCUCUCUUAAAAGCGUAGUGAUUGAUGGAUGUUGUAGAUUAAAGUACCUACCAAGUGAAUUGUCAUCUUGCACUGCUCUUGAAGAGUUGCGCAUAUAUCUUUGCACAAAUCUGGUCUCUAUUCUAGAAGAACUGAAGGAAUUGCGUUCUCUUGUUAAAUUACAAAUUAUAGAGUGUGAAAAAUUGAGGAGCUUCCCAAAGGACAGCCUUGGAUGCCUUAAUCGCUUGAAGAGCUUGUCAAUUGGCGGAUUCUCAAAUGAGAUGGAGGAACUCCCAGAUCUGAGUUCCAUCAACGCCUCCCUUGAAACGUUGGAUUUGAGGGAUUGGAGAACGCGUCAGUGGCUGCAUCAAAUUCAACGCUUUACUGCUUUAAAAGAGUUGAGUAUAGAGGGUCCCAUUGAUGACGUGGAAGCACUGUCAGAUGUAUUGGAAAAACUCUCCUCUCUUACAGAACUCAGAAUUGAGUGGUGCGACGACUUGAUCUCUCUUCCACAAGGACUGAACAAGUUGCCCCAUCUCAGAACACUCGGACUUGUUGGCUGCGAUAACCUAACGUCUCUUUCAGAAGAUCUAAAGGAAUUGCGUUCUCUUACUACAUUACGUGUUUUAUUCUGUCGGAGAUUGAACCCAGGGGAGAUCCUCGGCUGCCUUACUAGCUUGAAGAGAUUGGAGAUUGGUGGUUUCUCAGAAGAGCUGGAGGAAUUCCCAGGACUGAGUUCCAUCCAUGAUGGCCUUGAAGAGCUGACGUUGAUUGGAUGGGACAAACUAAGUCAGCUGCCUGAUCAAAUUCAACACCUCACUGCUCUCAAGGAGUUGACCAUAAGUUACUUUAAACAAGUGGUGGCUUUGCCAGAGUGGGUGGGAAACUUUUCUUCUCUUGAACGUCUGACGUUCCAGACUUGCCAUAAUAUGAAACAACUGCCUUCCGCGGCAGCCAUUGGACGCCUCUCCAAACUGUGGCUGCUUAUUAUUUGGGAUUGCCCAGAGUUAAAAGAGAGUUGCGCCCAGAAACGUGGUUGUGAGUGGUCCAAGAUUUCCCACAUUCCAUUAGUCAACUGCUGUUAAGCAAAGACUGAGGCUUGAAAAAGAUCUAUUGAUUUCGACUGCUUCCACUACAAAGCCCUUUGAUCUGGGAGAUCUCAGUAUUGAGGUAAGCAGCAUAUUAAUUGCUUGUACCCAUUUCUUUCAAAUUGUGAAUGCAUCACAAAGUUUGGACUUUCAACAUUUGAUCACUUAACCUACAAAUUACACACCGUAACAUAUUUUAUGGUUGCAGGCACCCAGUGAUCCUUCUGGUAUUCUUUCUAAGCAUAUCUUCUUAUGAGUCUCAUUAAGUGUUAUUG